UAAGAUAUAAGUCUUUUAAAAUCGAUUAAUAAAAAAGUCAUAGAAUGAACACACAGGAGUGAAGUUAUGAGUUUUAAGAACAACAAUAUAGAACAUAUUCUAGAAUUUAGCUAGCCAUCAAAAGACGUCAUAAUGUGUCAAACAUUUGAAAUAUUUAUUAUUCAAACAUUUUUCAUUCCAACAUUUUUUCCUUAUUAAAAACUUUUUUUAAACAUACAAUUUUCCCAUUAUUUAUCAUUAUGAAUUAUUACAACGAAUUUGAAAGCGAAUAUAUCGAAUACUACGAAUUCGAAUAUCCAGAAAGAGAAAUAAUCCAUCAAGAAUCAGUUUAUAAACAUCCAAUUAAACAAUUUGAUAGACCGGAAAAAAAUUAUUACUCGAAUCAAAACGAAGAAAUUAACAUAGAUGAGAGCGAUUACGAAGCGAAGAAACAUCGCGCUUUAAUUAAGACGUCGUUAAGAAAGAAGCCCAAAAGGAAAUUAAAGAAGCCCGAUUAUAUAAAGUUUAUUAAAAAAUCGAAUCGUAGCAAAAUUUCAUCAGAUACGUCAACGAAUAAUAUAGUGAUUAAUAAAAGAUCGAAUAAGAAUGACAAAUUACCGAUUGACAAUCAAAAUAAAAUUAAUUUAAACGAUAAAAAAUCAAAAUUUUUAGUUAAAAAAGCGAUUUCCCCAAUCGAAACGAUGCGGCCGAAAAUAACCGACGAAUCAUACACUUUAUCGAUACAAGAACCAAAAAACACUCAAUUUCAUUCGGUGACAAACGUAAAAUCUUUCGCUGAAGGAAAUACAGCUUCCGCGGAAAUGAUCGGAUGGAGAAAUCAUUCGAUGCCAGAUACAACAACCGACUCAGCGAAUGCUUUUAGUUUUGGUUCAAACGAUCCUAAACAUUACGAUACAAUUUCGAGCGAUUGUUACACAAACGUGACGAUAAACAGCGAUGAAUAUCGCGAAUUUAUUAAUCAAAUUAAUAAAAUUCCCCAAAUCUCCCAAAAGGAUUGUUAUUGUAACGAUAAUAACAACAAAAUUUUAAGAAGUGAAUCGGCGCCUCCGAUUGGGAUCGGUUCGAUUUUAAAAUCGUUUUAUGAUUCGACGAAUUCAAACCAAACUCCCGAUGUUGACGAUACAACGAUGGAUAAAAAGAAAAAUAAAUCGCGUGAUGAGAAAAAAAAUGUUAAACUAAAUCGUUCCGUUGUUAACCGCGAAAAAGAAUUAAAAGUGAAUCCUUUAAACGAAGUUCCUCUACUUUAUAUUUUUGAUUGGUUGAUCCCCAAAGGAAAUUUAAUUACACUGUGUAAAGAUAAAAGGCCGGAAACGAAAAAUCAUUCCGUGUUGUUUAAAAUGCUUAGGAUUUUUGUUGAGGUUAUUGGAAAAGUGCAAUUAUUUACUUAUCAAUAUGCUUUGAGGUAUUUAUUAUUUAUUUAAGAAUAUAUUUUAAUGUAAAAAACGGUUUAGGACAAAAUAAAUUAAUAAAAUUAUGCUAA